UAUCUGGGUUGUCCUUGUUUGCUUCUGGGUACUUUUGAGUUCAGCUUCGUCAUUGCCUAUGCCAAUUGAAUGUAUUCUUUGUUUUUGGCAAUUUUGGGUCAAUUUUUUUCAGUGGGUUGCUUUUGGUUUUGUUAAAUUAUGAAACUUUGAUUGCUUUUGGAUCUGCUCAUUCCUCAAGAGUAAACGCUGUGAGAAAAAGAAAAAAGGCAUUUCUUGUUCCAUUAUUCUGGCCUAUAUAUAUUGAUGUCUUCAGCAUGUUUUUGAUAUUUUGAGAUCUGAUUUUUUUUGGAAGAUUGUGAAGCUAUAAAUUCACACGUGCCAUUUCUAUGUUUAAAAUAUUUCUUUUCUUUAGAAAGGAGGUAUCUUCUUCUGAAAUUUACUUAGAAAAUGCUGAAUUAGCUCAUUAUUAGUGGCAGUUGAUUGAUUUAGGUCAUUGCUUGUGGAUGCUGUAAACAGCUGAGCAAGGUUUUAAGUUUGAUUUCUUUCAAGAUAGUAAUAACCUGGAAAUACAGGUUAUAAACUGUGCAGUUUGGGACAACUUACUGUCUGAAACUUAGUACCAUCUAACUUCCUUUUUUUUUUUUGGUUGAAGUGUGCCUCUAAUUUCACUCAUUUCAUACCAAAUGCCACCGUAGAGUUUCUGUUUCUGAUAGAAUUUAUACCCUUGGGUCACAGUUAAGUUAAUAGGCCGAGGUAGAGGCGAGCGAGGCUGUUACAAUUGAUUUAUGAAAUGGAAUUUGGCCUCAUUUUGUUCUUAUUUGUGGCUUCCAUCCCUGCAAUUUCGGCUGAAGAUGUUAGUCAUGGGGCAAUUGUCGUUGAUGGGACUACUACUGUUGCUCAAACUGAUAAUAACUUUAUCUGUGCUACAAUUGAUUGGUGGCCUCAUGAUAAGUGUGAUUACAACCAGUGUCCAUGGCACUAUACAUCUGCAAUAAAUCUGGACUUGUCUCACCCUUUCCUCGCCAAAGCUGUCCAAGCUUUCAACCGUUUGAGGAUAAGAGUCGGAGGCUCUUUGCAAGAUCAAGUAUUGUAUAAUGUUGGAAAUUUGACGUCUCCUUGCCAUCCGUUUAGAAAGAUGAAAGAUGGGUUGUUUGGAUUUUCAAAGGGAUGUUUACACAUGGAAAGGUGGGAUGAGCUGAACCAUUUCUUCAAAGCAUCCGGUGUAAUGUUGACAUUUGGCUUGAAUGCACUCCAUGGGAGACACAAAAUAAAGAGGAGCCUUUGGGGAGGGGAUUGGGACUCUACCAAUGCACAUGAUUUUAUGAAGUACACCAUUUCAAAGGGAUACCAGAUAGAUUCAUGGGAAUUUGGUAAUGAGUUGAGUGGAAAUGGUAUUGGUGCACAUGUUCUUGCUGACCAGUACGGGAAAGACUUGAUCUACCUUAAGAAAAUUAUAAAUGAGUUAUACAAAGGCUCCCAAUUUAAACCAUCGCUUGUAGCACCUGGAGGAUUCUUUGACCAAGAGUGGUUUGCUAAGCUUCUUCAGAUCUCAGGCUCAAGCAUACUUGAUGCCAUGAGCCAUCACAUGUACAAUUUGGGUGCAGGUGUUGAUCCCAAACUUGUGAGUAAGAUAUUGGAUCCCAACCACUUAAGCAAGGCAGCAGAUACAUUCAGCAAUCUUACACACCUAAUCCGGAGGCAUGGCCCUUGGGCUUCUGCUUGGGUUGGAGAAUCUGGUGGGGCCUAUAACAGCGGGGGUCGUCAUGUGUCUGAUACAUUUGUCAACAGCUUCUGGUAUUUAGAUCAGCUUGGGAUGGCGUCCAAGUACCAUACUAAAGUAUAUUGUAGGCAAACACUAAUUGGUGGGAACUAUGGUCUUCUCAACGCGACAACAUAUGUUCCCAACCCUGAUUAUUACAGUGCACUUCUAUGGCAUCGGUUAAUGGGAAAAGUGGUUCUAGCUGUUGAUGGUGAUGUGUCACCCUUUCUGCGAUCUUAUGCCCAUUGUUCAAAAGGAAGAGCUGGUGUAACUUUACUUGUGAUCAACUUGAGCAAUCAGACAAAUUUCAUAAUGAAUGUUCAAAAUAGUAUCAACCUCAAGUUGACUGUGAAAGAACAAAGCAUUAGCAGGGACAGCUUCAAACAUAGUCUUAAGAAAACUUUUUCCUGGGUUGGGGUUAAAGCUUCCGAUGAAGCACUAUUCCGAGAGGAGUAUCAUUUAACUCCGAAAGACGGAUACCUUCAAAGCCGAACCAUGGUUCUCAAUGGCAUUCCUUUAGAACUUACAGGUACUGGAAACAUCCCAAGGCUAGACCCUGUCCAUGUUAACGUGAAGUCUCCAAUAUCCAUCUCUCCUUUGUCGUUUGCAUUCAUAGUAUUCCCCAACUUCCAAGCUCCAGCUUGUGGAUGAUUUUCCAUUUUCCUUACAGCAGCAAUGCAAUAAUGAAGUGUUGACUAUGAUAAUUGUAUAAUAGCAGAAUCGUUUGUUUUUGGCAAUAUUGUUUUGAGCAAUUGUAAUUAUCAGUAGUUUCUGCAGCUAUUUUAUGUGGAAAAUAAGCGCAGUUGUAUUAUUAAUCAUUAUUAUGUUUUAUGUAGUGAUCUUUAUUAUAUUAAUUAAUCUCAGGCCUGUCCCUUUCUUUCUUCCCC